ACUGUUGCGUUUUCGCCGAGGCGACGACGUACUCGACGAUAUUUCUACGAUGCGAGAUACACGAUCGAGGCGGAAAUAUCACUCGGAGAUUUAUUACGCGCGAUGUCAGCCGCAUACGAAAUUCGUUGACCAAUUCGAUGCGCAUCUCGGGUAGUUGGUUCGAAUAGCGACGUAGAAAUUGUUAAUAUGGCAGAUGUUCGUGCCUCUAGUGUUGUUUAAGUUCGUGAAACUACGAGUGACAAAACAGUAGGUCCUGUUAACUGAAGGGCACUGUGAUGUGUAUGAAAUCCUGAUCGCCGCGUGCCCCGACGUCCACGUGCGUGUUCGCAGUUUAACGCGCGCGCGAGACAAAGUGACAGUUUUGGCCGUUUGUGUUCUCGGAAUCGCGCGAAGACCCCUCGCCGAGAGUCCACCGAGACACCACCAUCACCGCCACCGCCAGAACCUCGCGACCGAGAGAAUCAACAUCGACGACGAUUUUCCUUUUCGCGUGUGUGUGUAUUUUUUCUUUUUUUUUUUUUUCCCCCUUAACAUUCAUCUACUCUGUCCAUUCGUCGCGAGCACGAUGGGACUCGUCGCGUCGUGAUACGCAGCUGGUGGCUAUCUCGUCCCAGGUUUGUGCAUUCUCAUCUCUGUGCUGUUUUUUAAUGUAACUAUCACUGAGGGGCUGUAACAAGAAGUGGAGGUCACAAAUUUUUGUCAUGGAUCAUUGGCGAUCCGAUGAAAUCAAAGUGUCUUUGAGUGUUGUAUUAGAAAAAGAAAAGUGGAUGUGCUAACCAAGUUUUACGAAACGAGAGUGAUUGGUGGUGUGCCUGUUUUCGGGCAAAAACAUUCUUAUUAACUGUAGUGCCAUUGGGCUAUGGCCAAUCUGAACUUUGAACAACCACCACGCAGUAUUGCGAACGCAAGUCUCACUUCACGCGCAGCUGGCGGCGGGGGGGGUUUAAACGCAUCGACCCUCGCGGGUCAUGUCACGCCUACCUCGGGCAUGUUCUCAGGUUCGUCUGCAAGCACCUCGAGUACAGCCAAUUCAGCGGUAGUCGCCACUAACGUUUAUCCCGGAGCAUCGGGCUCUGGCGGCGGACAGAAUAGCCACCAGCAACAGCAGCAACUCUCUCCUAUGGGCAGUAGAGGACUGUUUGGGCAGAGAGCUUUUACCGAUAGACGUACGAUGCCUGCUCUUGGAGCUUCAAAUCCGAUGGGUAGUAUGGGCAGUUUUGGAAUACCUCCAAGUCGUAAUUACGGAUCUCAAGGUGCGGUUAACAAUUUCCACUCUGUUUUUGGGAGUGGAGGUGGUGGAGAUACAAAUACUCCCCCUCUAUUAGAUCUCUCGGAGUUUCCCUCCCUAACAAAUAGAGGUCAAGGUGAUUCUAUGCCGCAACCUAGUCCAAUGCCAGGGAAACAGCCUUAUGUUGGGAUGGUCAAGCAACCGACAUCCGAAUCGAGCGAAUUUACUAUGAGCUCGGAAGAUUUUCCUGCAUUACCAGGAACACAGAAUCGAGAGGGCCCGUCACCUGGUGGCAGUGUGUCUGGUGAUAAAAAUAUACCUGUAGGGCUGGGUCCGGAGAUUGGACAGGACGUGCUGCAGGCCAACAGAGCUCCUGGAUCUGAAAAAUCUCAGUCUUCUAAAAGAGGCAUUCAAACAUCGCCUGAUGGCAAGGUGACAAACAUACCCGCAAGUAUGGUGAAGGAUCAGUUCGGUAUGGUUGGGCUUUUGACGUUUAUUAGAGCGGCGGAGACGGAUCCAAACCUAGUGUCACUGGCGUUAGGUCAAGAUCUUACCGCGUUAGGAUUGAAUUUGAAUUCGCCGGAAAAUCUUUAUCAGAACUUUGGUGGUCCCUGGGCGGAAACACCUUGUAGGCCACAAGAUAUAGAUUUUCACGUACCACCGGAAUAUCUUAUAAAUGCCGCGAUCAGGGAUAAGCUAGCACCAGUUAAACUAAAUCGAUAUAAAGAUGAUCUACUGUUUUAUAUGUUUUAUACAAAUGUUGGGGAUGUAUUGCAAUUAGCCGCGGCGGCAGAAUUGUACAGCAGAGAAUGGCGAUAUCAUAUGGAAGAAAAGGUUUGGAUAACGCAGGCACCAGGUUUGGGAAUUGUAGAAAAGACGUCGACAUAUGAACGUGGUACUUAUUAUUAUUUUGAUGCGCAAAACUGGAGAAAGGUAGCUAAGGAAUUCCAUUUGGAUUACACAAAACUAGAAAGUAGACCUCAUCUUCCCGCGAACUUUCACCAAACUCAGCCUUGACUACAGACUUGUCUGCAGACCAUUGUGCUGUCUUUAAGCUGGAAACGAAUCAGCUAUUGUAUAAAUGAACAAAUUUAAUAAUCUUUAAUAAAAACAUAAAAUUUGAAGAGUAA